AUGGCUUCUACUGCUACGGCCAUCGCCAAUGAAACUGCCACCAUCAUAUUCACCGAAAUGGACAGCGUCGAUCUAGUGGGAAAGGUCAUUGGCACUGACGGUCCCUUAACCACAUACGUAAUCAAUUGCAACCCGAAGCCCCCCAAUCAAAAUUUCUACCAGGUUGGAGAUUGUGUCAGCUCAUCACACGGCUGGACCGUCACCGCUGGUCCAUCCACCAUGCGUGUUGCCUUUGAUGACCCGGAAGCUACCAUGAUAGAGGCAUGCACUCUCCACGACUCCACCUCCCUCAACUGCGACAUAACUAUGGAUUAUGGUUCUUCUACCGAUGUAGAGUCCGAUGGUGGCACCACCGCCCCAGCCAGUGACUUCUAUCGGACCGUGACCAUCACCGGCACUGAGAUCGCUUCCGGAUCCGCUUCUGCACAGACUUCUCCUACCGCCGGUCGUGCUACUGCUACGACUACUGGCACCGCGUCUGCCACUGCCGCCGCUGGGGAGUCGGGGAGUGGGGCGCAGAAAGCGGCAGCGAAUACAGCAUCCUCAACAGCAGGAGCUAGCCAGAGCACCAAUGCGGCUAUGGCGCAGGUGACAGGCAAUGCUAGGUGGGCUGUUAGUGGCGCUGCAGCCAUGGCAGCGAUCGCUAUGGUUUUAGAGUGA